AGAUAUGUGGUCAAUGAUAGUUCGUCAAAGCACUUGGUGCGUGCGAAACCGUGCCGCGCAGUUGAGACAGUGUGCAACUUCCGCAGAAACGAGUAGACGCUAUGAUUUGUUUGCGGCUAUAUGUGUUGAGCGAGCCCCUCUGCUGUCCCCUGCAUUGACCAAACUUGAACAGACAGUGCAGCACUGCCUUCAAAAGAUGGAUGCCGAAAGAAGUCUCAGAUGUGAUCACGAAAUGAAAGCUGAUUUGGAGAAACGGAGUAAGGGCAAAAAAUCGGAGGAAGAGGAAGUAAAAUUGGUUACUGUUCAAGAGCUUGAAGAUUCUUGGAUGGAUAAUGCAAAGGACUUCAAAACUGAAGCCAGGGACGGGAAACUUGAGCGGCCGUUGUACCUUGUUGCAAAGUCUGUGGGUAGAGUUCUAAGUGACUGCAUUGGGGAUGGAAAAGGCAAGAACUGGCAAGUUCAAGUGCUGGGAAACGCUCCCGCUUCUGUGUACACGUUCAAAUACCCAACACCGGUGGCACAAAAAGCCAACUCCGUCGGCGGAAAAAUAUUUUUCUACAAAGGAAUUUUUUCCUCGCCGACGGGUCAUGAUCUCAGCGAUGAAGCUCUUCUGCAUAAGGAUCAACCCAGAUCAUCAGAAAUUCAGGAGCUCCGCUGGGUCACGUGUGAUGAACUAAAAGAGUUAUUGCCAGAGAAAUAUUGGAAAAGUGUUCAUGUUCUUAUCCCGCCAGAGGAGUAA